GCUCGAUGCAUGACAAAGCCUCGCACGUGCAAAGAGUGAAUCUCAAAUCAGAGUUCUUUCAUUUUUGUGAACAGCGUGCCACAGUAUUACACAGCGCAGUUUCUCACGUUCGUUGCCCUUUUAUCAGAGCAUAGUUAUUUCAGCUGGACACAGCUCUUCUGUUUUCUUGAUUCUUUUGUUUCAAUGCCAAAGGCUGUACAAGAUGUCGAUCACCCCAGACUAUGACAACUUUUUGUUGGAGCUUAAAGCAAAUCAAACUGAGAAAGAGCAUUACCAAAAUCAGAUCCGGAUGAUGUACCUUGUUACAUACGGAAUCGUCCUUGUCCUGGGUCUGACCCUCAACUUCAUCCUUAUGUUCGUUGGAUGGCAGAAAUACAAGAGUUACAAGAAGAUUGCCAUUUGGGUUUUGGCAUUGUCUGCAACACACUUAAUAUUCUGUGGAGCUGUAGUGUUUCAAUUGCUCUAUGCUUAUUAUGAAUUCGUAUGGUAUUAUGGAACUGUGACUUGCAAGCUGUCGUCCUACAUCACCUACGGUAGCAUGUAUUCCACAGCGUCCAUCCUGGGUCUUUGGAGCAUUAGCUCUGCUUUUUCCAAAAGUGCAUGCAUAAAAAGAUCCAAGAACUGCUACAUUUUUCUGAUUUUAUUCUCUUGGACUUUAGCGGCUGUCCUUGCAAUGCCAUCGCUCUUUUCCAGAGAGGUUCAGCUGGUUCAGUGUGUUGACGACUAUGACUUUGAAGAUUUUAAAACAACUCCAGAUGCCAUUAAAAAGCUGAAGGCUGUCGUUGUGUCACGAUUUCUGUUCGGGCUUGUCAUCCCUGCUUUUGUAAUGUUCGUCAGUUGCUGUGUGGCAUCCAAAUCCUUUCACAAUAGAUGUAUACAAUGUAAGAAGCAGACACAGAUUAUUUGUGCUGUAAAGGUCACAUACUUUGUGUGCUGGGGCCCGCAAAUUGUCUUAACCCUGCUUCAAGCUACGACAAAUAAUCUACACCCAAAUGCAUUUAAAUAUGGACUUCCAACCGCAACGGCACUUGCUACAACACACUGCUUCAUGUGUCCUCUCAUCUACAUUUUAGGAGAAUGUAGCAUUAAAAUGCACUGGAUGACGCAUGACCCUGAAUACAUUGAAGAGAGAGCAGAUCAGACAAUCCAUUUGGUAAAUAAGAGCAGUGCAUAAAUACAUUGUGGGUAGUUGACAAAUAAACCUGUGUGCAUGUGUCCUAUGGUGUGACAUGAAGAUACAUCUCUCUUAUGCUAUUUUAUAUUAAAAAUAUGAAUAUAAUAUAAAAUAAUAUAGUGUGUUUUCUAAUUUUUUGUUGUCACACCAUAGGACGGGUUUAUUUUUCAACUACCCUUGUAAAUAGUUGUCAGCAUGUGGCGUAGUAGCUCAAAAAUCCCGUUAUAUGACCUUCCAUAUAUUAUGCAUAUUUUACAAUGCUUGAAACACUAAUCCAUAAUCCGGUAAAACACAUAACAUACAUAUUGGAUAUUGCUUUGAAGAUACGUGUAUUGUUGGCUCCUUUGACAAAAUGGAAGUUACUUUGGAAAAAUGUGAAUGUGUAUAUAUAUAAUCUUUAUACUGCUGUUUUUAACCAUUUUAGUUUAACGUGGCAUUACAAUGAGUUGUUUUAUAUUUUUGUACAUUUAGGCAUGCGCUCUAAAACAUCAUUAUUUAUCCAUCAUAGACAAACAAUAUACCCGAGUUGUAUAAUUCAGUGAAUUAAAAAUGUUUUUUACCUUUUUUAUUUUGCAUACUUUUUCAAUGUGUGUAAUUGUAGGUCUGUGUAUGAUGAUGUGCAUGUUCUUUUAUUCAAUUUCUUUUCAAGAUAAUGAAUCUGAAAGGGUUUCCCCUGUCUUGGAAAAAGAUCAAUCUGACUAUGACUUAUACAUUCCAUAGACCCAAGAGUCCAGUUUAUGGAAGUAUUUUAAUGCCAUUAGUUUUUGAAGCAAAAAAGCAUGUUAGAUUACCACUAAUCAAAAAUAAAUCUGUUGCAUUACCAGCAGGGGCGGAGCCAGACAUUGGGGGCUUAGCCCAAAAUCUAGGGGUUCCAUCCAGGGCAUGGUCCCCAGGAGAUUUCUUUCACAUUUAUGGCAGCUAUAAUAAACUAUUUUUUCAUCUUUAAUCGAAGUGU